AAUGCCAGUUCGUUAACGUUCGUUACAACUCACCACCAAAAGUAUGCCCUAACAUAUGCCUAAACACACAGGAUUGUUCGUCACGGUGACAUCAAGAGCCGUUAGUUUACGAUAUAAACGACAGUAAGACAUACCGUGCUCUUCUCCUAAACGCAGUCUACAAUCUACAGGCUUCAAGUUACAGGUCGGUUUAAUUAAUUAAGCGUAAAAAUGUCUUCGUACUUCUCCUACUUUCCUUAUGUUCGGCCCAGUGCCAUUCUUUUGGGCUCGGCUUUUAAUUAUGCUGCGGAUUUCAUGGUCUAUGGUCCAUUGAUGGGAAACACAUGGGCAAAAGUAAUGCGAAAUGAAGAAGAGUUUGAAUGUUGCAAGGGUUCGUUGAAGAAACAGGCUACUUGCUCCUUCCUCUCUAAAUCGGUUGGUACACUUAUACAAGCCUACUCAAUUGGCGCCUUACUGCAAUUGACGGGAACUGUCAGUUAUAAAGGUGCCUUUUAUUUGGGUCUAUACGUGUACGGUGCGACAGCUGUCCAUGACAUGGUAGACUUCCUGUUCCUCGAGAAGCGUAGUAUGGCAUACGCAGCCAUCAAGUCAAUUGCUGCUUUCAUCAAAACAGUGGGCCUGCCGGUAUUGCUCUUGGGCUACGGUGUUCGUCGUGUUUAAUUGUGCUCCACGUAAAUAAUUCUUCUCAUUCUGGGGCAGCCACCAUGUCUUUGUGUUCUGUUACAGCAGUUUAUCGCUGCACAUGCCUAAUGACUUGUCUGAUCUCACUUGCUCUAGGCAUUAGUGAGUGCAGACAAUAAUGAAACGAGCGAAUAGUUAGUGAUUGAAUGAACGAAUGUAACGUAAGACUUGUGGGAGAGACACUCGGAAUGAAGGCUGUUGUAAAUAAGUAAAUAAUAAUAAAAAUAAAAAAAAUUAAAGGCCCAAAAAUGCAUUUCAAAAUUGGCUCAGUCAAUAACGGGAGUGUUCUCAAGAUUCCCUUUUUCUG